GCCGCCUUUACCAAAACAAGCCGGCUAGCCGUGGGCGACGUACCGCGGCGUACCGCUCACUGCAGCGCGUUGAUACUGCAUUGAUCGCUGCUCCGCCGCCAGCAGCGCUCCAGCCGCUGCAAAUGGCGACCGCCGCCCCUACAGCCCCUGCAGCCGCGCCCGCCGCGCCCGCCGCCGCGCCGCCCGACAGCUGGAUGUAUUCGUCUGACGGCCAACCGAAGGGCCCCUUACCAGGGUUCUCCCUCCUCCGACUAUUAGAGAGAGGCGUCGUGCCGCCGACCGCGACGGUGUGGGCGCCGCAUCUAACAGAGUGGGCUACAAUAACCGAAGCGGACGGCCUCGCGGUGCGCGCAAACUUAUGCAGGAAGCGCUUCUACGUCAUGGACCAGCAGGAACGGCGGGGUCCCUUCAUUCUCGGCGAACUGCGACGGCGCUUCGAGAACGGCGAAGUCGACGGCCUCUCGCAGAUUUUUGUGGAGGGUUCCGAAGCGUGGCAGCAGCUCUCGUCCGUAGAGGGCUUGCGGGACGUCCUGCAGCCGCCCCAGCUCCAGCAGGAAAUGCAGACAGAGGCCUACGAGCCCGAUCAAACGGAAGAACUGCCGAGGGAGAAAACCCGAAGCUUCAAGGGCGACGACGGCGUGUCCUACGUGUUUCGAGACGGCGACUGGGUGCCCGGCGAGGCCUCGUCCGACGAGGAAGAGGUGGUUCCCGAGAAAGUUCCCGAUCAACCCAAGAAAAAAAAGAGAAAAAAGAAGGCCGGCUGGGACGCGAAGACGACGAAGUGCUGGAUCUACGUCACGGGCCUACCGCCCGACGUGUCAACGGACGAGCUCGCGGAGCACUUUGGCAAGUGCGGCGCGAUCGCGAGAGAUCUGGAGAACGCGCCAAAAAUUAAAUUAUAUAAAGACGACGCCGGCGCCUUGAAAGGCGACGCGUCGUUAUGUUAUGCGAAUGCGUCGUCCGUAGACGUCGCUUGUUCUAUCUUGGAUGGAGGUUCUUUGAGGUUUGACGUGCCUCUACGGGUCACGAAGGCGGACUUCGGCAGUGCGAGAUAUGGGGCCUUCGACCAAUCCAAGGUGAAGAAGGUCAACCCCCAGAAGGCCCACGUGGCGCGGCGGGCCCAGCGGCAGGCUCAAUCAUGGGCGUACGACGCCGACUCAGGUGCGUCUCCGGAGAACGCGAUGCGGAUUGUGGUUGUUGAGAGCUGUUUCUCGCUGGACGAGGCUCCCGUGCAGGAGGUGCUCGACGAGAAGGAGAAGUCCAAGUAUGAUCUCUUCGCUGAAAGUGUUCAGAAGGAGCUGUUGGGUCUGCUCGAGGGAGGCGGCGCGCCGCUCGAUCGCGCCGUGGUCCACCGGCACGGCGUCGUCGUGUUCAAGUUCAAGGAGCCCUCGGACGCGCAGAAGUCCGUGAAGGUGUGGGAUUCACAUGAGUUUCGGGGUCGAAAGUUGAAGGCUGCUUUUUGGGACGGGGUGACGGAUUUCAAACGCGUCGCGAAGGAGGCCGAGGAGUCGGCGGAAGGCGGGGAGGAGAAGCGCAUCGAUGCGUUCGGGGACUGGCUCGAGGACCAGGGCGAGCUGCCGCCCGAGUUGCAGUUGCGGGUCGAGGAGUAAUUAAUCAUUGUUUUGU